AUGCCUCCUAAGCGAAUCCGUUGCACCGCUGCCUCGUGCCGUGAGCCCGCUCAACGGAUCGUCGGCGACUGCACCUUUUGUCAAGGCCAUUUCUGCGGCAAGCACCGUCUACUAGAAGACCACAAGUGUACCGGUCUCGAGGACUGCAAGAAGCAGUCUCACGAGCGUAACGCUGCACAACUCGAGUCGGAACGAACCCAGGUUAUCCGGGGCGUGUAA